AUGGAUCUGCACGCAGCUCAGAACGUUUCCACCGCGAUUGUCUCUGAAGACGUAGAGACGCGUCCCUACAUAUCCAUUGCCCUGCUGGUGACGGGCAUCAUCGCAGUGCUGGUUUCAUAUUCCGUCCGAGAGCAACCCCUCGCCAAUGUCCCUCUGGUGACAAAAAAGACUUUCUGGGACUUCACUGGUAAGAAGGCAAGGGAGGCAUUCGCAGCAAAUGCCCGUGCUGUUAUUAAGCAGGGCUUUGCAAAGGUGGGUGCAUCGAGGCCGUUUCGCAUCAUCUCAGAUCAGGGCGAAAUGCUCAUCUUACCCCCGUCUUUGGCAAAUGACAUCCGGAAUAUCGACGCGCUCAGUCAUGCCGAGUUCAUGAAAGAGACUACUUGCGCCGAAGUCCCUGGGUUUGAGCCGUACUUGGAGUCUACCGGGACAACCUUGUUGACCGAUAUGACAAAGACGAAGCUGAUGAGUGCCAUGAAACGACUGACGAACCCGCUUUCCGAGACUUGUGCGAACGCAUGCAAGGACUUGUUUCCUGAAGACAACGAAUGGCAUGAAGUUGUACUGAAAGAUGAACUCCUCGACCUCGUUGCUCGCCUGUCAUCAACCAUCUUCCUGGGAGAUGAAGAGGUCACCCAGGACCCUGCGUGGUUGAAAAUCACCAAGGAAUACACAGUAGACUCGUUCAUCGCCUCGCAUCAGCUGCGAACAUACCCUCGGUUCCUACGUCCAUUCAUUGCCCGGUUUCUGCCCCAGGCGCAAAAGGUUCGAGCCCACCUUAGAGAGGCGGAAGCUAUCAUUGCACCAGUCAUUGAGAGACGUCGCGCUCAAAAGGCUGCAUCGGCCGUCACGGAGGAGAGGUAUGAUUCCAUUGAAUGGCUGGAGCAAGUGGCAGAAGAGAAGGGGAUUAAAUAUUCUCCAGCUGCAAUGCAGCUUACGCUUGCUCUGUCGGCCAUUCAUACCACUACCGAUCUACUUACAACCACGAUGUAUGAGAUUCUGCAACACCCUGAAACCAUCCAGCUACUGCGUGACGAGGUAGCCGCGGUGACUGCCGACGGAGGGCUGAAGCAUUCGUCGCUUUAUAAUCUGAAGUUGAUGGACAGUGUUAUCAAGGAGGCACAGAGACUGAAGCCUGUUCUUUCUAUAAACAUGGUCCGGACAGCCACAGAAGACAUCGACCUCCCAGACGGCUUCCAGAUCCCCCAAGGCACGCGACUCGGCGUCUCCAGCCACGCCUCCUGGGACCCCAAAAUCUUUCCGAACCCCGAAAAGUUCGACCCGUAUCGCUUCGUGCGUCUGCGCGAACAGCCAGGACAGGAAAAUGUGUGGCAGCUCACUACGACUCGCCCGGAGCAGAUCGCGUUCGGUCACGGCCAGCACGCUUGCCCUGGGCGAUUCUUGGCUGCAAAUGAGGUCAAGAUUGCGCUUUGUCAUUUGUUGCUCAAGCAUGAUUGGGAAAUGAGCGACAUCUCUAUGCCGACUGCGAUAUCUCAUGGUAUCAUGUUGGAUUCGGACCCGACGGUUAAGGUCAAAGUGCGCAGCCGUCUGUCUGAGGUCCGUCUCUAG